AAAAAGAAGAAAGAAAUUAAAAUAAUGGCAGAGGUUUAGGUACUGAAAGAAAUAAAUAUCCAACCACCACGAAUUAAAUAAAUACACGAUAUGUCUUUCAGCAUACAAACAUCACAUGAGUCAGUAAAUCCACCACCGUAGAGAAUUGAAACCACUGAGAUUGAGAACUGAAAAAAGGAAACCAAAAGCGAAGAAACUGCACGGAACGCCGCCGUUGCACCGAUAUCGUUGGAUUUCGGAUAUAUAAAGAGAUUUGCUUGAUCAGCAACCCAAGUCGUGAAAUCUCUAGCUUGGGGUUAUUGCAAUCUUUUCAGAUAUGGUAGCGUUUGGGUGGUGGAGUUUAGCUGUGGCAGCUAUGGCCGGAGUUUUCUACUUUCAGGGCUCGUGUUACUCAGAAAAAGCUCCUAACUACAGCUUUCUGCAACAAGCAACAUCAGCACCGUCCAUAGCAUACUAUGACUACAUUAUCAUAGGAGGCGGCACAGCAGGUUGCCCGCUAGCUGCUACCCUCUCUCAGAACUUUAGUGUCUUGCUCUUAGAAAGAGGUGGCUCUCCUUAUGGCAACCCAAACAUCACCAACAUAGCUUCAUUUGCUGAUACGCUUUCCGACCUCUCGCCCAAGUCGCCGUCUCAACGGUUCAUCUCCGAGGACGGCGUGAUCAACGCUCGUGCCCGUGUGUUAGGUGGGGGCAGCUGCUUGAAUGCUGGUUUCUACACACGAGCGAGCCCCGACUACGUGCGCGAUGCAGGUUGGGAUGGGAGGUUGGUUAACCGGUCAUACCAAUGGGUCGAGAAGAUGAUCACGUUCCGGCCACCGAUGCUGCAGUGGCAAUCUGCGGUGAAAGAUGGGCUUUUGGAAGUAGGUGUGUUGCCUUAUAAUGGAUUCACGUAUGAUCAUAUGUAUGGGACCAAGGUUGGUGGGACCAUAUUCGAUAAGGAAGGGCAUCGGCACACGGCUGCGGAUUUGCUCGAGCGUGCCAACCCAAGCGGUCUUACAGUUCUCCUGCAUGCCACUGUGAACAGGAUCAGGUUCAGGACCAAAGGAAUAGCAAGGCCAAGAGCCCAUGGUGUGAUAUUCAGAGACGCUACAGGGACCAAGCACAGAGCCUACCUAAGGAAGGGCUCUAAGAACGAGAUCAUUGUUUCAGCUGGGGCCAUUGGCAGCCCUCAGUUACUGAUGCUGAGUGGGAUUGGGCCAGAAGAGCACCUUAGGUCUUUUGGCAUCAAUGUGGUGGUUGAUCAACCCAUGGUGGGCCAGGGGAUGUCCGAUAACCCCAUGAAUGCCAUCUUCAUCCCCUCUCCACUGCCUGUCGAGGUCUCCCUCAUACAAGUCGUCGGCAUUACCCAAUUCGGCAGCUACAUCGAAGCAUCCGGUGGCGGCAACUUCGCCCGUUCUGCACCCACUGGCUCUCGAAGGAACUUCGGAAUGUUCUCCCCUCAGACUGGCCAGCUCUCCACGGUGCCACCCAAACAAAGAACACCGGAAGCCAUUGCCAAAGCAGUGGAAGCCAUGAACAGCCUCGACGAAGAAUCCUUUCGAGGUGGAUUCAUCAUCGAGAAGGUCAUGGGCCCACUUUCUACUGGCCAUCUUGAGCUUCGGAACCGGGACGCCAACGACAACCCAUCGGUCACUUUCAACUACUUCAAGGAACCAGCUGAUCUACAAAGGUGCAUUGCAGGCAUUAAAACGAUAGAACGUGUGAUUGAGUCCAAGGCAUUCUCCAAAUUCAGAUACCCAUACAUCUCAAUGGGAGCUCUCAUCAACAUGACCCUAACAUACCCCGUCAACCUUCGGCCCAAGCACAGCAACGUCACUACAUCAGUGGAGCAAUUCUGCAAGGAUUCUGUGAUGACGAUAUGGCAUUAUCAUGGAGGGUGCCAAGUCGGGAGAGUUGUUGAUCAUGAUUAUAGAGUACUCGGUGUGGACGCGAUUCGAGUGAUUGAUGGCUCCACCUUUAAUUACUCCCCUGGGACUAAUCCUCAAGCUACUGUUAUGAUGCUUGGAAGGUAUAUGGGAAUUAAGAUUAGGAACGAGAGGCUUGGAACGGAUGGACUGGAUUAGAGGUUUGGAAGAUCUAUUUGAAGAGUUUUCUGAGUGUGGUGUGUUUUUUGUGAAUUACAUUUAUGAUGGUUUUGUGAAGCUUAUUGACAUAAAUAACGAUGGGACUAAUCCUAUCAUUAAUGAUAAAUGAUGUGAUUAUCGGUGCUUGAAAUGCUUUAAUAAUUGAAAUAUAGCAUCAAUCUCAUUCUCUUUUGGUGAACAAGUUCUGUAUUUGCUGGAAUACAAUGAAUUGCAAUAUGUCCGGAUUCUAGCUGUUGGAUACAACGAAGUGCAAUAAGUCAUAAUUCUAGCUGUUGGAUUUGUUUAUUCAAUGAACAAAAUCGUUUAUUU